GAGGGUUUGCUGCAGCGUUUGGCACGUUGCAUUUCGUCUUGUGCUCAGGGGCUGCCCGGAGAGCGGGGUCGGCGAUCUAUGUCUCCUCUCUCUCUUCAAUUAGAGAACAUGGCUGAAAAAAGUAGGUGACAAUAACUCGCAGACCAGACCAGACCAGGACUGGACGUGGACGUGGAGAGUCAAAGCAACAGCAAGAACCACCUCCGCGUCUGACUUUGCUGCUCUCUCCCACCUAAACCGACCCCCCCGGUGCCCCCCCGGCGGCCCCACCGACACAUACAGACAUGAGCGAAGGAAACAUCGGAAACUCUGGAAUGAAGUUCAUCAUUGGAAUCAGCGGUGUCACUAAUGCUGGUAAGACCACACUCACCAAGCAGCUCUUUAAAGCCCUACCAAACUGCUGUGUGGUGCACCAAGAUGAAUUCUUUAAGCCCCAGGAUCAGAUCGAGGUUGGUGAAGAUGGCUUUAAGCAGUAUGAUGUUAUCACGGCAUUAGAUAUGGAAGCCAUGAUGAAUACCAUCCGAGCGUGGAUUAAAGACCCAGUGAAAUUUGAGCACUCGCACGGCAUCAACCCGCUGGAAACUGAACCCAAACCGAAGACUUGGGACAACAGAAUCCACAUCCUCAUUGUCGAGGGCUUCCUCCUCUACACCUACCAACCCCUGAUUGACAUGUUCCACAUCCGCUACUUCCUUCACAUUCCAUACGAAGAAUGCAAGAAACGGAGAAGUACAAGGAACUACUUGGUACCUGAUCCACCUGGGCUGUUUGAGAAGCACGUGUGGCCCAUGUACCUGAAGCACAAUCAGAUGAUGGAGGACAUGGCUGUUAAUGUGGUGAAUUUGGAUGGAACUAAAUCAAAGGACGAAAUGUAUAACUUUACGUAUGGUGACAUCCAGAACCAGAUUGACCAAUAUCUCGAAGAACUGAGAAUUACCUAUCUCCAAAGAAGAAUUCUGCCUCUAUGCGAAUGUAGGAUAUGUACCAGUUAAGACCAGCCCCAUCUCUCUGUGUGUGAAUCGACUCUCUGCCGCACAAACCUAUUUAUUUGCUGCAACUUAAGAUCGCUGGUGUGUGCUGGGUACCAUCUGCAAAUACUGAAACUGCAUCAAUAAAGUAUCUGCCCUACACC